AUGACAACGCUAACAGCAACAGUCACUCGCGAUCUCGCGAUGUACCAAACAAGGGACCUGGCACCACAGGUAGAAGACCAGCGUGGAUUUCUUUCGCAAAAAUUAUCCGGAUAACUUUUUAUUGUGGCUGGAGGUUCUUAUACAUUGGAUCUAGAUGAGAUGCAUGAUGAUGCGGCGAUUGAUAGCUUCCUUCGCUCUGAAGAUGUAGACCACAUGCCAAGAACCAGCAAAAUGAAAUUCUCAAAGGAAAUUUUUCUCAGGUGCACAUGAUUCUGUCGAUUUUGCCGCAGUGCAGCGAGGACAUGGCGUGUGAGGCGUUGAUUCAGUCCGGGGAGGAUGUGGAGCGAGCCAUGGAGUUGCUGCUAAGCAAAAUCGCGGAGCGGGACAGUCCGAAGGCGCGGGCCCAGAAGGCGGCAAGUUUCCACGAGGAUUUUACCUCGGACGACCAGGCGUUCCAGACACAGGGGGCCAACGGCCACGCGAAGACCGCGGUGCCAAGCGCCGCCACAGCCGGCGGAUACGGGGACAACUACGGCGGAAAGCAGACCAUGCAGCAAACGUAUUUUUCCGGCAGCUCCGCAGCGCAAAAAACGACCGCCCCAGCGGCUGUUUACGAACAGCAGCAGCAGCAGCAGAUGAAACAACCGGUGGAACAACAACAGGUUGUCACCAGCGAGCCCGUCGCACCGGCGGCAGCCGCGGUCGCACCACAGCCGGUGCCAGAACCCGUCGCGCCCGCAGUGGUGGAAGAGGUCUACGACCCGCAACCCGUGGUCCCAGAAUUCGCGUACAGAGUUUCAUACUGUUUCAAGAAAGUACUGUCGUCUCACACGAUGUUUUUGACAUGAUCUGAUGUUGAGAGUCUGAGCGCAUGAACGCCCGUGCGUCUCCAACAUGUUGUGCUGCGUUUGCAUGUACUUACUUACUUUGAAAUAGUACUUGAAAAUGGAAAAGUUUUCCUUGUGGGUCAUGACGUGCGACUAGAGGUGAUGCAUGUCGUUUCUUCUUCUAAACAGGUACUUCUUGCAGCAAGUCCAGUUAGACCGCGCCCCAUCCCGAGCGGAAAAGGAUUUGCUGAAGUUUAAGAAAAAGAUGCGAGAAAUUGAAACCAUCGAGAAAAAACUCGAGACCGGCGAAAAGGUCGACCAGCUGCAAUUGCCAAAAUUGGACAAGAAGGGAGAGCUCAUGUACUGCUCAAUGGUGUUUUUGAUAGUAUAGGAAAGACAAAGAUCAUUGCAUUGCAGAUUCUUCAUGCACCAUGCACAUGUUCUUUCUGAUUCUGAAUCAUGGAAGGAGCUAGACUACUUAUUCAUUUUGAAUUUCUUAGUGCAUCAGUAUCAGAGGCAGCAAAAUGCUUUUCAGGUUCGAGUUGAAAAAGACCGAGGAGAUUGUCAACAAGUGCUUGAGACAAGACGCCGAGGCCUUGCGAGAAAAACACAUCGAGCAGGAGUGGGCCCGGAUCGAAGCCGAGAAGGCAGAAAAGAAGCGGCAGGAAGAAGAGCGCCGGGAGCAAGAGCGCAUCCGCUUAGAGGAGGAGCGAUUACGGGCGGAAGAGGAAGGUAGAAUUGAAUGUCGGCUUUUGGAGCUUUUUACGGUGCGGGCGAUGUGCAAUACUGCGUCGGUCCUUGUGCCACGACCUCUAUGCGGUUUUUCUUUUCAUGAUAUCAAUUCGUUCUCGUUGAGGUAGAUCCUCUUUCGAGUUGCCCAGUCGCUCCCCACGUGAAUAAACUAAUUGAAAUUCUGAAGCGUAUGUCAUCUUCCUAUCAAUCUGCAGCUCGCCGCAAAGCCGAAGAGGAGGAGGCCCGACGAAAAGCCGAGGCGGAGGCCGCCGAACGCCGAAGAAUUCAGGAGGAAGAGAUGCGCAGACAACGCGAGGAGGAGGAGCGACGACGCAAGCAGCAGCAGGAAGAGCAGGCCGAACGGUUGCGACAGAGCAGCGCGAAGGGUAGAUAUUUAGUUAACUUGAUGUACGUUUGUUUUCUUUUUUUUUGGUGCUGGUACUAAACUCUCCGACACAACGUGAUGGAGUGAUACAGUCUGUGUGCUCUGUAGAAAUGUUGCUAAAAAUCAUAACAUUAACAUAGGUAACUGGGCCGGAGUGGCGACUGCCGGUGCGUGGAACGGUCAGCAGCAGUACCAGCAGCAAAACAAUUACAGUAAUAACAUGUCCGGUAAGAAAUACAGCGGCUAUGGUAUCAACUGCAAAUAUGUCUGGGUCUGGAAGAAUGUAUGUUUGUCAUGCUUGUCUGGUAUGACUCUUAAAUCUGUCAUGCAUGUUACCCAAGAGCCCCAUUUUUCUGUCAUGCAGAAACGCAGUUUGUCAUGCAGAAUAGGCAACACCUAGAACAGAAGCUCAAAAACUUGUCAUGCUGGGCCAGCUCUUGUGGCCUCCUCAUGAUACGCCACCCAACAUCACAAAUUUCCAGACCCAGACACUUUUACAUUUGAUAUAUGGCAAGGGACAGCAACAACCCCCGCAGAACCAGCAGCCCUCCAGCGACUACAACAGCACCUCCGCCCAGGGAGGCCAAUACAACAACCGAGAACAGCCGCAGCAACCCUCUUCCUAUGGACAAUACAACCAGCAGCAGCCUGCCCAGCAAUGGAACAACGAAGCCGGGUACAAUAAGUAAAGCGAUAUUUGCUAUUGCUGUAAACCUUCCUGCAUCUCUAUCUCUACGUGCUCUUAUCGCUUUGCACACGAUUUGUGCUCGUGUAGGUUGUAAAAAAUAACCACAGUUGUAUGAAGAUCGAUACAUCCCAGGAGUAGAAUCAUCGGAAUUGCUACGCUUGAACGGGCUCGAAAGGGAUGAAAAAUGAAAUCACUCCUCAUUAUUUUCCAUGAAAUCACUCCCCAACCCCAGGUACAACGCAAAUGGCCAACAGGCAGUCCAGCAGCCCGCUGCCGCGCACGAAGAGGAAAAGGGAGAGGAACAGCCGAGUGAUGACUGGGGAUUGAGCGUGAACGAAACGGUUCUGUCUCAGCAAAAGUCCGUUUUCGCGCAGCAGCAAACGUACUUUAUUACGCUCCUCCACCUGUGCAUGUGCUUUUAUUCUUUGAGGAAGAUGAUUUUCAAGAUAAAUGCCUGCUCCUCGAAGAUUGAUUAUGACGCGUCUGUUGCAUUGAUGCAGGCGGCCGCCGCAAUUCAUUGCCAUUUUUCAUCUGAAAUCACAGAUCCAACCAGAUGGGUCGUAGCAACAUGAUGGACCAGGGCAACGGCGGUGGCAAGGGCUGGAACAACAACGGUAAGAGCGCGAGCAUGCAGGACGGUAACUGGCGUCAACCAGGUAACUCGUUCGCUCCCAACGGCGGCAAUGGGAAGAAGGGCAAAGGCAAGGGCAAGGGAAAGAACAAAAGCGGCAACAAUGGCUACAACAAUCGGGGACCGGGUCAGAACAUGGGCGGAUUCUAGAGGAAAAAGAAGUGCUCGGGAAAGGAAAUGAUAUUUCAGUUCUUCAUUGACCGAUGCGGUUCUUGCUGGUGCCCCCUGAAUAUUUUGAAGACCAUAUGAUUAUCCCUUUUGAAAUGAAAUGGAACCUUUUGAACCAGCUGCACUACACUAUUCUGCCAGUGCUCCCAUCAGCACUGCAUUCGGUGCAACAACUCUGACGAUAAACCAUACAAGAAAGAUCGUGCGGCAGAAGUUGUGUUGAUGAUCGCAGCACAGCAAAGCGAAGACGACAAUUUUCAAAUUAUCUACAGUUGUAUGUACUAUUGAACCGUUUUCAUCUACUUCCAGUACUUAGCCAAGAAAGCCAUAUGUAAUUUCUUUUGUACACGUUUUUCGAAAAUGCAAACUCGUUUGUUUAAGUUAAGAGAAAUGGUGGACGGUGCUUCGGGAACUGCGUUCGUAGCACGGAUCUCAUAGGGUUCAUUUGGUAGGAACGCAAAGAUGAGGAGAACUUCAGCCUCAACUGACGGAGCUAUAAUAAUUCCCUAUUAUUCCGGCUGUGUACGGCACCUCCAACGACAAGGCUCUCUGGUCUCUCGCCCGUGCCCGGUUUCUAUUACUGACUUAAUACCCCGCAAACGUGAACAAAGUAAGCAGAACUGUCGACCACUAGGGUGAUACACUAUAAUUAUCUGCUCUCGCCGCGGCCCGAUUCCAAUUCAGGGCUGACUACAUAAAAGUUGGGUUUUUUCGCGGUUGCGUGCCGGUAAAACACCGGCAUGACAUCGGCUCCGACAACACCCAUUCUAUCCCGAGUUUGCUUUCUGCUCUACAACGACAACGACGGACGCAUAAUUCCUCAAGCUAAGCCGAUAGUUUGAUCUCUUUGCUUCCUUUUCGAAAAUGAAAAAAUUCGGAACGAAAUGCAUGUAGGUACAAAAGAUGAGGAGAGUAGUCAUGUGCACACGUUGUGACCUCGGCAGCACCCGCUCCGUAUCAAAAGCUGAUUUCGCAUUGGAAAAAUUUUUUGUCCCACUUUUCAAUCGAACCAAUUUAGCUGUCCGCUUACCAUGUUGUCUCGGCG